AACUCGAGGCGUUCGGACGCGCACCGCGGACAAAAAAAACCGAAAUCGUGAGACGAAGUCACCCACGCCGGAGCUUCUUCGACUUCUGGCAGCUGCCGCCAAAAAAAUAUAUACAAUAAAAACAAAGUCGUUUUUAUUUGAAGCAGCCGCGCGACGCGCGCUUUUCGAACUCAUCGAGUCUAACAUGAGCAACUGAGCCCAACGAAACGAAGAGGAAAUCGACGAGAAAGAACGAAAUCCCCGAAAGGUGGCCUAAUUACUGAGAUUUUGAAUAGAUAGUUUGUAGCAACCCAAAUCGAGAAAAUGGGUUUCAAAGCGCAGAGCAAGCCGCGUGUCAACAGCACGCUGAUUUCGCUCAAGUUUGUCGUGUUCUUUGUAAUUACCGGUCUCACAGCUUUGCAUGUUCUGCAUGCCACAAAGCAUCAGUUGCUGGGUCUGAGCUUCUCGGAAUACCGCACCGUGACCAUCUUGGCGCCAUUUGUGUCCAUUUUGGGUCCCUUGAUUGUCGGUCCUUGGGCUGAUCGCUUGGCAGCCAAGAACCCGAAUACAUUUGGACGAACUCUGCGAGUGCUGACUGCCGUUUUCCUGCUGAUCACCGCCUUUAUUUACGCUUUCCUGUUCGCCAUACCGGAUUUUAAAGGGCUUGGAGUAGAGCCAAUGGUCAGCUUUGGCUGCGAUGAGACUGGAGGAUUCCUGUUCCAGGAGCGUUGUGACUCGAACGCCAGCUGCGGCAGGUGGGAGCAGAGGGAGGGUAAAAUCAACCUGUCGCGUUGCACCUACAGUUGCCAGAACCCCAAGCUUUACGAGCCACUUUAUGUGGCCUGGUUGGCAGAGGUUCCCACCCUGGCCCCCAUCACGGAGCAGAGUGCGGAUUUCGAGUAUGAGGACGAGGGCAGCACUGCGGUCACAGAAAGUCUGCGCACCAGGCGGGACUUGGAGGGCUCGGAUCCGGCGGACAGUGCCGGUGUGGAGGCCAUCAGUGGUGAGGUGGCCCCUGUCCACCGGUCCAUCAGGCAGGUCAAGCAGCCCCCCACCAAGGUCUACGUCCAGCCACCACAUGUAUGUUUAACCGAGCGCAACCAGAAUGGCGAGAAUGUGGUGAAGCACUGUCACGCCUACACCGAGGACACCACCAGCGUGGUGAUGGAUGCCCUCAUGGGCUCGGCGAUCAGCCAGGAGGAGCACUACGACGACUACGAGGGAUGGUGCCAGUACCCGCUGGAGGGCUUCCAGUGCCACAUCCCCGCCGAACAGGCGAAUUACAUGAAGGCCUUUAAGGAGUACAAGCAGAACGAUGGCAAUUGCAAGCCCAUGAUUGAGUGUCAAGUGGUGAAUCCCUACCACUCGCAGAGUGUGCUAUCAGACAGCGAGUGUCACAAUAACACUGGCAACGCAUGGGACACCUUGGUGGGUUACACGACCAUUCGCCUGAUUGGAGACAUUUUCCCCAUGGCAGCACUGACCCUUCUGAACACGGCCAUCGUAAUCGCGGUUCGGGAAACCUCCGAGGGAAGGGGCGAGGUGUGUCGCCAGUAUGUUUGGGGUGCCAUUGGCUAUGUGGUGCUCUUUUCGCCGUUUGAUCUGUUAUUCAACCAACACGGAUUGAAUCAAGACGCUGCCUUUCUUACAUUCAUUAUAUUUGUUGUAUGCUUCGUUUUGGGUGCCGUAGUGCUGCUCUGUGCCAGCCAGAUGCCACUGAGUCCACCGGAAUGGUGGUGGCACACGAAGACCGGAAUGCUGGUGGUUCCCAUGUCGGCGAUUCGUCGCUAUAGUCCCGAGAUCGUCGUCCUCACAUUGGUCUCCAUACUUUUCGGCACCUUCUGGAGUAGCACUCACAGCUACCUGCUCUGGACCUUCACCGAUGAGUACGCCCUUUGCUAUUUGGGUCUGUUUCUCAUCCUGGUUCUAUUCUUCAAUGUGGACAAGUUCAUCGAGUACUGUGGCCACUCGAAUAUCUUCAUCGGCGGUCUGGCUAUCUAUGUAAUUAGGUUUACUGCGUUGAGUGAUUCCGAGGUUAAAUGGCUGAUCAUCCUCACGGAGAUUAUAGAGCCAGCUGUGAUUGGUCUGAUUUGGAUUACGAUCAUCCUGUAUAUGCGUCAUGCCAUGCCCAGGAAACUUACGGCUACUGGACAGGCCAUCGCUGUGGUGGCCUUCUUCGGUUUGGGCAAGGGCUUUGGCGCUCUGAUUGGCUUGGCUCGCGGGAAGGGGAACCUGGCGUUGAAGGAAUGGUCGUGCACCUACCGAUGGCUGGCCGUUGUGGCCUGCGUUGUGGCCUUGGUAUAUUUUGCGAUCUACAAUCUGAUCCUUGCCCCACGAUGCACCGCCAAGCCACAGCACUCCGAGGAGCUGAUCUCUGGUUCCGCAUCGCAGAACUUUGGCAAUACAGGUACCGGAAACGGUGCCGGCAAUGGCAAUGGAGCAGGAAACGGAAACGGAGCCGGAGCGUCACUCAACGGAAACGGAAAUGGAAGCUACUCGCCUCUGAGGGUUUACCACAACGAGAGGGGGAAGAAGGGUCAAUUUAGAUACUAAGAUGCUGUGGAAAGUACAGAGAUUAAUGGAUAAAUUACUCUUUGCAUGGAUCACUAAUGCUCCGCCUCUCUCAAAAAGAGUGCGAAUGAUAUUCUUAGGUUUUAAAUGUGUACACCACGCCUCAAUAUUCUCCACCUACCGCCCCCCGCCCGCUUGAGGGCAACACUGCUAAUAGUUUGUAAUGCGUAUUUUUGCUAAGUGUAUACACCAGGAGGAUGAACAACAAAAGAGUGGAAACGAAAUCGAAAACAAAAAGAUUACCUUUUUUUAUAUAUCGCAUGUAGAACUUAUUUUAUUUGUUAUUUAAUGCGAGCUAAGCGAGUUCAUAAUUUUAAUUAAAUCGCAUUGGGGGAAGCUGACAGAAAAAAGCCCAACAAAAUCAUCAACUGCCCGAUUUUAAUUGCAACAAUAGCCAUGGAUACAGCAAAAGCAAUAACGACUUCCCCAAACAAGCACGUCGUUCUCUUUACAACGUUACAAAAAUGAAGGCAUCAAUUUUUAAUGAAACAUUUGCGUGAUUUUACUAAGCAUAAUAUAUGAUGCACUACGAGCAUAUAAAUGUAACAAUAAAACAGAAAAUGUAAUUAUACAAAAAUAUAA